AGAUAUGAUAGUUCUUGGGGGGGGGGAAAUAGCUCGUUUCCCGUACCUAUGAUACAUGAAAACGGCGACGUAUUUUAAAAAUUAGAUUUGAGUCGAAACAAAAGUCCCCCUUUUAGUUAGCUAGCCUCUGAGAGAAGAAAGUUCCCUGAGAAGAGGGGACUUUGUGAUCGGCGUCGUCGGAUUAUAUUUCUUUGUUGUCACAUUAUUACUUCGACUUCGCUAGAUGCUUUCUGCUUGAUUCCUGGAAGAAUAUUUUUCGCAGUUUGCGGAAUUGAAGGUUUCUGAACGAGGUUCUCAGGUUUGCUCUGUUCUUAAGCCCUUGAAGUGAUUUGAUACGGAGCAGUCAUGGAUGUUGAUUCACAGCCGAUGAUGGAGGAGACCAUACUAGUCGGUGAUGACCUAAUGAUGGGUCCUCCAUCCCCUGUCAUCCCUCCUGAUAUUGCUUCACAUGUGCUUGAAGGUGUUGAAUUGUGCGAUGGGAUUUUGAGGAAUCUAUUCCUAUGCUUGCAAAUCAAUGACAUUGAACCAUUUUGCCAAGAUGAGCUUGCCAUAUAUCGACAAUGUGCUGAAAAGAGGGAUAAGAUAUUGAGAGUAAGACUUCAAGAGAGCGAACACAAGUUAGGAUUGUCUAUGCCUAUUGAUCUGGCUAAGGAAAGGAUUACUCAGCUUGAAGGUGAAGCCACAUCACUAGAGAGGCACUUGAUUCUAGCAAGUGGAGCUGAAGGAAUUGAAGGAUUUCGCCGGAGAUGGAGUUUGCACGGUCGGAUGACGGAUACCAAAAAAAGACUGGAGUCAUUGAAGCAGGGAAUGGAGGAUAGAACAAAGGAUGAACAUGAUGAAGCUCCAAAACCUCCUCCUUCGAAAAGAUGGUUCUUUUGGUGAAGUUUUUUGGUGAUUUGUUUCCAGAAUGAAUCAUGUUUUGGAUAAUAAAGGUUCAUAAUCAUUACAUUUACACCAAUGUAACCACUUAUACCAAUUUUAAGUAUAAUUAAAUCUAAAAUGUUUUUUCUUCUCCA